UGUGCGCUGUUUCAGUGCGCUAUGUGGCACAGAGGCUAACGAUUUGAGACGCUGUGUGAGUAUAUCACAGUACCCUAAACCAAGGAAAACGAUACAGUUUACUACACAGAAGUACGGGAAUUGCACUAUUAUGCCAGGCAGGAUUGUUUUUGACUCGGAAGAAGGCCUUGCUGAGUUGCAGAUGAAGUCUGUUGCUGUGGAAUGUCAAGCAGAGUGGUGCCAUUGUGCCUGAAAUUGGUCUAGUUGUCUGAUUGGUUCAGGCUCCUGUGGGAGAGCUUGUAAGCUGGCAGUGUGCAUGCCCGAGCCGGUGGGCCCCCCCUCUAGGUGUGACUUGUUGUGGGCUUGUGCGGAGGCUGGCAGGGCUGUCAUCAGGUACAGCUGAGCGAGCGCUGGCACUGGGCUUGGUGCCCACCACCGAGAUCGUCCCACCAGGACGAAAAUGAACAAGCUGAACUUCCAUAACAACAAAGCCAUGCAGGACCGCCGCUGCGUCUGUGUCUUCCUCCCCAACGAUGAGACCCUCAACAUCAUUGUCAAUGUGAAGACGCUGUGUCAAGAUCUUCUCGUCCAGGUGUGUGAUCUCAUCCGACUCAAAGACUGUCACCUCUUCGGCCUCAGUGUGAUCCAGAAUAACGAACAUGUAUACAUGGAGCUGAGUCAGAAGCUUUCCAAGUACUGCCCUAAGGAGUGGAAGAGGGAGGCGAGUAAGGGAAUCGAUCAGUUCGGACCCCCGAUGAUCAUUCAUUUCAGGGUGCAGUACUACGUGGAGAACGGCCGGUUGAUAGGUGACCGCACUGCCCGUUACUAUUACUACUGGCACCUGAGGAAGCAGGUGCUGCAGUCCCAGUGUCCUCAGCGAGAAGAGGCCUACUUCCUCCUAGCUGCCUUCGCUCUGCAGGCCGACCUGGGAAACUACAAACGAAACAAACACUUUGGGAAGUACUUCGAGCCCGAGGACUACUUCCCUCCCUGGGUGAUUGUGAAGAGGGGGAAGGAGUAUAUUCUGAGGCACAUUCCCAGCAUGCACAAAGACCAGUUUGCACUGACGGCCUCCGAGGCUCAUCUGAAAUACAUCAAGGAGUCGGCCCCUCUGGAUGACGUGGCCGUGCAUUACUACCGACUCUACAAGGACAAAAGGGAAGUGGAGGCCUCCCUGACCCUUGGACUGACCCUGCGUGGAAUUCAGAUCUUUCAGAAUGGGGGCGAGUCCAAGCAGCUGCUGUAUGACUUCCCCUGGACCAACGUGGGGAAGCUGGUGUUCGUGGGUAAGAAGUUUGAGAUCCUGCCGGAUGGCUUGCCCUCGGCCCGGAAGCUCAUCUACUACACCGGCUGCCCGAUGCGCUCCCGACACCUGCUGCAGCUGCUGAGCUACAGCCACCAGCUCUACAUGAACCUGCAGCCUGUGAUGAAGCAGGUCCGCCGGCUGGAGGAGAACGAAGAUAAGAAGCAGUACCGCGAGUCGUACAUCAGCGACGCUCUGGAGCUCGACAUGGAGCAGCUGGAGAAACACUCGCGGGCGAGUGGCAGCAGCGCUGGCAGCAGCUCCCGGCACAAGAGGCUCUCCCGACACUCCACCGUCAGCCACGGCAGCUCCCAUACCUCGGGCAUCGAGACGGACAGCUUCCGCACCGCCAGCCAAGCCCCCCAUCGCCCCCUGCGCACCUGCAGCAGCUCCACGACCAGCCACGGCAGCUCCCACACCUCGGGGGUAGAGAGCGGGGGCAAGGACGAUGAGAUCGAGAUGCUGGUGGAUGACCCAAAGGACUACGAGCACCUUCAUGAUGUGGAGUUCAGCCCGGACCUGUGCAUCCACAUCACAGAGGACAUGCUGAGCACAGGCCAGAUCAACGGCUACUCAGGACUGAUCGUGAAGGACAUCAGCUCGUCCACCUCCAGCUCUUCAGAGACAGUGGUGAAGCUGAGGGGGCAGAGCAUCGACUCCCUGCCGCAGACGGUGUACCGCAAGCCCAGGUCAUCGACGGACCGGCACAGUCAGAGCCUGGACGACAUCCGGCACGACCACAAGGGCUGCCUGCAGUGGGCGGAGCUGUGCCAGGACGCGGCGCAGAGCUACACCUUCGGCUGCACGCCGGAGCUGAGCGACGCCGGCUACCACAGCCUGGCCGAGCAGUGCGCCGCCAUCAAAGAGCCCUCUGCCAGAGCGGUCAAGAGGACCAGCAAGUACUUCUCCCUGGACCUGACCAGCAACGAGGUGCCCGAGUUCGUGGUCUAAACAGCUGGCACCUGGACUGGAGGGGGGGAGGGGGGAGGGGGGG